GCAGCGCCUGGGGGCGGCCGCCGUUGCUACAGCCUCCUCCUCCGCCUCUUACUUUCCCUCCCCUCCCCCUCAACCCCGCUGGCGGCACUGCGCCGCCGGGUGGAGAGGACUGGAAACUCUACCCGGGUCCCUCCUUUCUCACUAGGCCGGCCGGCUUUCUCCUAAGCAUGGGCAAAAGGACUUCUUUGUACUUCUUGUGACAACUUCUACGGGCUUGAGAGAUUCAUGGACUUCUGUGGUCUCUUGAGGUGGAGUAUUGUGAUGUUUUCUAAAACGGACCCCCAUGGCUUGGGAGGAACAUCUUAGUCAUGAAGAGGUUAGGGGUGAGAAAUGGAGUCGACAUAUCUUCAAAAGUGCCUUGGGACGUGUCUAACUCAAGGUCUUGCAGAAGUGGCGAGAAUUCGCCCAGUGGAUCCAAUAGAAUAUUUAGCAUUGUGGAUUUACAAAUACAAGGAAAAUGUGACCAUGGAGCAGCUGAGACAGAAGGAAAUGGCCAGCCUGGAGCGUGAGAGAGAACUGGCUUUGAUAGAGCAGGAAAUGAUGGAGAGGCUCAAAGCAGAGGAGCUCCUGAUUCAGCAGCAACAGCUGGCAUUCCAGCUGGAGUUGGAAAUGCAAGAAAAAGAGAGACAAAGAGUAGAAGAACUACACAGAGCUCAGGAACAAUUAGAGAAGGAGAUGGCAAUGAGUAUAGAAAACAUACCUACGAGUGAAGAUAGUUCACAUUCAGAGGAUAUAACACCAGACUCAGGCAAAACGCUAGCUGAAAUUAGCGAUCGAUAUGGGGCACCUAACCUGAGCAGAGUGGAAGAACUUGAUGAGCCAAUGCUAUCUGAUAUCCCUCUGAGCUGGCUUCCCUCUGAGGACUGUGCUAGUUUCUGAGAACACAAACCAGCGUGAGAGGCGGUCAGUACCAUUGAAAUGCACUCUUCCAGAUGGCGGGCAAAGGCGCAAGCAAGCAGAUAAAUCAGGACACAAGCUCCAAAGGGCCAGUUUG